AUGGGGGCUGUCUGGUGUUGCUCGUCUAUGUGGUGGGGGCUGUCUGGUGUUGCUCGUCUAUGUGAUGGAGGGCUGUCUGGUGUUGCUCGUCUAUGUGAUGGGGGCUGUCUGGUGUUGCUCGUCUAUGUGAUGGAGGGCUGUCUGGUGUUGCUCGUCUAUGUGAUGGAGGGCUGUCUGGUGUUGCUCGUCUAUGUGAUGGAGGGCUAUGACACGAGGAUAGCCGAUGUCGUCAGUGAACACGUUCGAGUCCUCUGCUGGGUUCUAGUCCAGGACGGAGCGUUCCACACGAAAGCCGUCCACAUAAACAACACGUGGGGGAAGCGGUGCGACAGGCUCCUGUUCUUUGGUUCCACCACCAAUGAAACAAGCCCCGUGAUUGGCUUAGGCGUUAAAGAUGGCCGCCACCGACUGGCCAAGAAAACGUUCGCGGCGUUGGCCUACGUAUUCAAGCAUCAUUUUAACGAUGCGGACUGGUUCUUGAAGGCCGAUGUCGACACAUUCGUAGUUAUGGAAAACCUGAAAUAUUUUCUUAGCGACGAAGACACGACUCGACCCGUGUGGUUCGGCGAACACUACAAGCCGUAUCUGUCGCCGUGGAGUUACAACAGCGGCGGGGCUGGCUACGUUUUGAGUAGGGAGGCGCUACGACGAUUCGGCAGUCACGUGGGGCACUCCUUGGCGUGCACCAACGCCAACGGGCCCGAGGACGCCACUCUAGGAUAUUGUCUACAAACCCUGAACGUGAAGGUGGGAAAUACCACGGAUAAACAUGGACGGUCUCGGUUUCAUUUCGACAUGGCGCCCGAUCAAAUUGCGGGGAGGCAGUUGCCGUGGUACAAACAUUAUUUAGCUGGUCCGUAUAGGAAGGGCCUUGAGUGGAUGAGCGACUACCCGAUCUCGUUCCACUACGCCAAGACACACGACCUCCUCGCUCUCGAGUUUUUCUUCUACACCGUCAGACCUCGUGGCGUCUUCCGGGGCUUUCCGGAGAUAAACAGAGCAUCUUCCGGGGAUACCCGAAGAUAACAGAGCAUUUUACAUGGAUCCCCGAAGUAAUGCAGAACAUCUUUCGAGGAAUCGUGAAGUAAAUUGAGCAUCUUCGGGGAAUACCCGAAAUAAUAAGAGUAUAUUCCGAAAAUUCCCGAAGUGAAAACAGCAUCUACCGGGGAUUCUCAAUGUAACCAGAUCAUCGUCCGGAUAUUCCCGAAGUAAAUGGAACAUGUUCUGGACAUUCUGGCAGUAAAACAAGUUCCUAACGUGGCCUGCCAGUAGUAAAUGGAGCUAAUAGUUGAGAAUACUGGUUAACUAGAUUUUAAUCAAUGUAUGCAAAAAAGUUUUUAAAAAAAAAAAAAAAGGAGAAGAAGAGUAACCCACCAGCAUGCUUAACGCCAGGAAUGUUUCAAUAAGGUGCGUGUUUCAUAGUGAACGGUUCAUUUCAUGACUAAUGUUUCAAUAAGGUGCGUGUUUCACAGUGAACCGGUUCAUUUCAUGACUAAUGUUUAUUGUUUCAGUAAGGUGCGUGUUUCAUAGUGAACCGGUUCAUUUCAUGACUAAUGUUUAAUGCUUCAGUAAGGUGCGUGUUUCAUAGUGAACCGGUUCAUUUCAUGGCUAAUGUUUAAUGUUUCAGUAAGGUGCGUGUUUCAUAGUGAACCGGUUCAUUUUAUGCCUAAUGUUUAAUGUUUCAGUAAGGUGCGUGUUUCAUAGUGAACAGGUUCAUUUCAUGGCUAAUGUUUAAUUUUGUAAAGACGGAAGAACAGUCCAAAACAAGAGAGAGAAAAAAGAGAAACGAUAAUUGUCAAGGUUUUAUUUUCACGCCUAGCGAACCUCCUCCUGGUUAUACGCCUGUUUCAGGAAAAACAGUCUGGUUGAUGGUAUUUUGGAUACGCCCCCCGCGUUAUGGAAAUACCU